CUGUCACGUGGAACUUCAUAAACCGUAUUAUUGUUUCAUAAUUACUGAUUAUUUAUGAUUGAUUUGUUGCAGUUAGCGAAAGCAUUGAAAGAUCUGCCAAAUCGAGUUCAAACCGCAAGUAAAAACGAGCGGCGAGAGAUUCUACAAAAUGUCGUCAAUGUGUUGUCAAAUCCUGGUAUCAAUGAGAAGAUUGUUAAUGGAAUUUGUAAAACCGUAUCUCUUACUUUACAUCGAUAUAAGGACACUGCUUCCCAAUCUUACGUGAAAAAUGUGAUUGUGGAAUUGUUGAAGAAACAACCGGAAGCUACUGUAAAGCAUAUGACAAAUGUUGUCAUAGAACAAGCAACAUGGCAUAAGAAUGUAGUUCCUACUUUGAACACUGCUUUAACCGCAUAUCUUACAUUGAAAUGGUCAACUUUAAUUGUUCUAUAUGGUUAUAAAAAUAAUUUAGACAUCAAUGCAGAGCUACCAAAGCUCAUUGAAGUGCAAGCAAAUUUAAGUGCAGCAGCUUUAGCAUCUAUGGAUAAAAAAUUGACAGAAAAAGUAUAUAUUUUACUAGCGCAUCAGUGGUCAACUGUUAAAGAUAUAGAUAUUAUAUAUCUGGAAACGUUGACAAAGCUGGAAGUUGGAAAUGGCGUAAUUGUUCUUGCUAGUUUACUCGCCAGGUAUUUAGUGAAUGCAAAGAAAAGUGAAUUAAUAGGAAAACUGAAGGUAGAUAUCAUAGAUGUUUUUAUAAAAGUGGCUAUUAGUUGCAAGAAAAAACCAGAUUUAUAUGUUGUUCAUAAUGCCGCACCUCUUCUACGUCGAAUAUCUCAUGAUGAAUUUAAAAAUCAGUUACUGCCAGCUUUACAAAAAGCUAUGUUAAGAAAUCCAGAAAUUAUUAUUGAAUCUGUUGGGUACAUUUUGUCUGGUUUGAGCUUGGAUUUGAGUCAGUACAGCCAAGAUAUAAGUAAAGGGUUAUUUGCAAAUUUGCAUUCUAAAGAAGAUAUAGUUAGAGAGGAAGCUGUUGGAGCUUGUCGUAGACUUGCUUUACAAUGUUCAGAUACUACUGCUCUGGAAAAUUUGUUGUCAUCUGUAUUUGCUGUAUUUCAUGGGUCAGAAGGAAAACUUACUGUUACGACUCACAAAAUUUCUGUGUUGCAAGGGGCUGGUAACCUUAGUUAUAAUGCUGCCUCAGGAAGUAGUGUUCAGAGAUUAGCUGAAACAGCUUGCGAACAUUUUAUUAAAGUUUUAGAAACUGAAGUUCAUGAGAAAACUUUGAUUUAUGCUCUUGAAAUGAUGGCCUUAUGGUCCAACAAAUUUACGAAUAAUGUUCCAAAAAGUGUAAUAGAUGCUUUCAAAAAAGGCAUGACUGCUAAAACUUCAACUGCCGCUGUCCGUACUGCUUACAUUCGACUUUUCUUUUCUACUCCUGUAGCUUCUUAUUCUGGAAUCAUAACUCCACUACUUGUACAGGCGAUAACAAGAGCUAUACAACAAUGUGCACAAUCAGCUGCAGUCACGGAGGGUUUAGUAGCUUCUUACUUGUUAGUGAAACUUAUUCUCGCUAAUCAAGUGGAGAACGAUAAACAAGCUGUACUGUGGAAUGCAAUUGAUGAGCAGAUAUUCUUUUCAGAAAAGUUUUUGUCAACAUGUGGAGAUGAUAUUUUAUAUCAUCUUAUGUUAUUUUGUGAAAGGCUUAUCAUAGAAUUUGGUGACAGAUUGAAUGAGAAAGCUUUGAAUGGUGUCCAUAGAGCAAUUGUAAUAUGUGCAACAGCUCCCAAGUAUAGUACAAGAAAGCGAUGUUUCCCAUUAAUUAAAAAAAUUUUAACUGGUUUGAGUACAUACAAACCUGUACAAGAGUUGUUAAUGGAAUUUAAUAAAUUCUUAGAAAAUGUAAAAAUUAAGUCUGAAAAUGAUAAAGAAAACAAAGAAGAUUCUUCUACUGGAGAAAUAACUGGUAGAUGUCUUGCUGAUGGUUUACUUGCCAUUUGUUCAGGCUCUUUUUUGUUUGAAGCACCUGCCAUACAAAUAACAAGAGACGCACUGAUACCAUCUCAUCAUCCAGCAAUCCUCAAAGCGAUGCCAAAUUUAUGGUUUAAAAUUGCGAAGAAUUAUAAUCUUGUACCAAAAGAUUUUUUAUGCUCAUUGAAUAAUGAAAUAAAGAAAAUGCUUGUACAGAAUUACAAACCUGUUGCUAGUUAUGAAAAUGCUCUAACGAAAGUGAUAUCAAUUAUACCAGAUAUUAUAAUACCAGCAAUAGUAUCAAAUGUUACAAAUAAACUUGAUGAUCCUGAAAUUUUAAAAGUCACUAAAGAUGAAUAUUUUACUUAUCUUACUCCUGAAGGAGAAUUAUAUGACAAAAGUGUGCUACCAACAAAUGAUGAGAAUGAUAUUCUUAAUUCAAUGAAUAUGAAAAGAGAAAGUAAAGUUUAUUCGUUUAAAGAACAACAAGAAGAGCUUCAGCUGAGACGAGAAUUAUAUGAGAAACGCAAAAAGGAAGGAAAGAUAAAAGAACCAAAACUAACUCCUAAGCAAGAAGAAAUUCUUAAAACACAAAUGGGAAAGGAAAGUGCAAUUCGUAAAAAAUUGACCGAGUUAAAACAUAAGAUAGACAAUGCUGUAUCAUUAAUUAAAUGUUCUGUACAUGGAAACGGCCAAGAACUAUCUUUACAUUUAAAAGACCUUUUUCCUUCAAUUUUGAAAAAUUUGAGAUCACUGUUAGCUGCACCUGCAAUGUCUGAUCUUUAUAUCUACUUGAAACAAAUUGUAAACAUUAAUAAUAAUCCAGUUUUGAGUGAUUUAGUAGCACAUGUAACAUUGAGACAAUUACAGCCACAAUGUGAUUUAAAUCCAGCAUGGGAAGAGGAAAAUCUUGAUACUGCAGUGAAAAGAACUUUAAAUCUUUUGCAUUCAACAACAAUAAAGCAAAAAAAAUUAUUCACUGCUCCUGCUUUUUGUUACAUUUUUCCAUUUAUAAGAAAGACACUGUUAUGUUAUAAAGAUGACAAUAUGAUUGUGCAAGGACUUCAGAUAAUCCAAGAGCAUGCUAAACAAAGAGGAAAUUCGGAUUUUAGAGAUACAAGGCAUCCACAAUUACUUCCACGUAAACAUAUGUUUGAUCUAUUAAUAGAAUUAAUGGAAAUCACCACGGGAAGAGUACAGACACAUGCAGUUGCAACUUUAUUGGAUGUCGCUCAAUCUGGUAGUGGUCAACCAGGUACCGCGCUAGCUACUAACGAGGAUAUUAAUUCUUUAACUGGAGCUUUACAAAAUUCUUUGUCCACAAUAAGAGACGCAGCUUUGAGAGCUUUAACAGUUGUGAGACAAGCUUUUCCAUCUAAGAAAGAACAUUCUGAACAAUUUUCUCGCCUUAUUAGAAGAAUAUGGAUUGCUAGGUUUGAUAUUUGCGAUGAAAAUAAAAUUUUAGCCAAUGAAUUGUGGCAUGCAGCAGAUUUAGCAAUGGAACCAGAUAUCCUGGCUACCGAACUUAUUCAGGACAUUUCACAUCCUGUAGAACCUAUACAACAAGCUGCUGCUUGUGCUUUGGCACAGUGUUUAAGCGAAGUUCCUCAUUUGGUACCGACGAUUUUAGACAAUUUGCUGCAGCUGUAUCAAGAGAAGUUAGCAAUGAUUCCACCAAAAUUAAACAAUUUUGGUCGUGUGGUCGAACAACCUAUUGAUACUUGGGGUCCUCGACGAGGUGUAGCACUUGCAUUGGCUCAGAUAGCACCUCUCCUUACUGCUGACACAGUACUUAAACUCGUACAGUUCUUUGUUUCAACCGGUUUAGGAGAUAGGAAUCAAGCUGUUCGUACAGAAAUGUUAACUGCUGCUGUAGCUGUUGUUGAUCUUCAUGGAAAGACAAAUAUAACUUCCUUAUUACCUGUUUUUGAGGAAUUCAUGGAUAAGGCCCCAAAAAUUGGUAGCUUUGAUUCGAUUAAACAGUCGGUAGUUAUUCUUAUGGGAUCUUUAGCUAGGCAUUUAGACAAAGAUGAUCCGCGUAUCAAACCAAUAGUCAUGCGUUUGAUUGCUGCUCUCUCUACACCGUCGCAGCAAGUGCAAGAAGCUGUUGCUAAUUGUCUACCACAUCUUGUACCUUCUAUUAAAGAAGAUGCUCCAAAAAUUGUGAACAAUUUAAUGGAUCAGUUGUUAAAAUCAGACAAAUACGGGGAGCGAAAAGGCGCAGCUUAUGGUUUGGCAGGUAUAAUCAAGGGUAUGGGGAUAUUGGCGCUAAAACAGCUUGAUAUUAUGACCACAUUAACUAAUGCUAUUCAGGAUAAGAAAAACUAUAGGCAUCGAGAAGGAGCAUUGUUUGCAUUUGAAAUGUUAUGUACAAUGCUUGGCAGAUUGUUUGAACCAUACAUUGUUCACGUGUUACCGCAUUUGCUGCUGUGUUUUGGUGAUUCGAGUCAGUAUGUUAGAGCAGCUACAGACGACACUGCUCGGGUAGUUAUGAGCAAACUUUCCGCUCAUGGAGUGAAACUUGUUCUACCUAGUUUAUUAGCAGCAUUAGAAGAAGAUUCAUGGAGAACUAAGACUGGCUCUGUUGAAUUAUUGGGUGCGAUGGCAUAUUGUGCACCAAAACAACUCAGCAGUUGCUUACCCAGUAUAGUUCCCAAACUCAUUGAAGUACUUAGCGAUUCCCAUACUAAAGUUCAAGAAGCUGGUGCAGAAGCUCUUAAGGUUAUUGGAAGCGUAAUUCGUAAUCCAGAAAUCCAAGCUAUUGUGCCAGUUUUAUUGAAAGCUUUACAAGAUCCUUCACAUAAAACAGCUACUUGUCUUCAAACCCUUUUGGAUACACAAUUCGUACAUUUCAUCGAUGCUCCAUCAUUGGCUCUUAUCAUGCCUGUAGUACAACGAGCAUUUUUGGAUCGCUCAACAGAAACCAGAAAAAUGGCUGCUCAGAUUAUUGGAAACAUGUAUUCCUUGACUGAUCAGAAAGAUUUAACUCCGUACUUGCCAACUAUUAUUCCUGGUUUAAAAACAAGUUUAUUAGAUCCUGUACCAGAAGUACGUAGUGUGUCUGCUAGAGCACUGGGUGCCAUGGUAAGAGGAAUGGGUGAAUCCAGUUUUGAAGAUCUACUUCCUUGGCUGAUGCAAACGCUUACUUCUGAAACCAGCAGCGUUGAUCGCUCAGGUGCUGCCCAGGGUCUUUCAGAAGUUGUAAGAGGACUUGGUGUUGAAAAACUUCACAAACUUAUGCCAGAGAUUAUUAGCACAGCUGAAAGAACUGAUAUAGCUCCUCACGUUAAAGAUGGUUACAUCAUGAUGUUUAUUUACAUGCCAAGUGCAUUUACUACAGAAUUUACGCCAUAUAUUGGACAGAUCAUCAAUCCUAUUUUAAAAGCUUUAGCUGAUGAGAACGAAUAUGUUCGCGAAACAGCUCUUAGAGCAGGUCAACGUAUUGUUACUCUCUAUGCUGACUCCGCAAUUAUGUUACUACUACCAGAAUUGGAGAAAGGUCUAUUUGAUGAUAAUUGGCGUAUCAGGUAUUCCUCUGUACAAUUACUUGGAGAUUUAUUAUAUCGAAUUUCUGGUGUUUCUGGCAAGAUGUCAACAGAAACGGCAAGCGAGGAUGAUAACUUCGGAACUGAACAAUCACACUAUGCCAUUAUUAAUGCACUUGGUGCUGAAAGACGAAAUCGAGUUUUGGCUGGAUUGUACAUGGGUAGAUCUGACGUUGCUCUGAUGGUACGUCAAGCAGCUCUUCAUGUAUGGAAAGUUGUUGUAACGAACACACCAAGAACACUGAGAGAAAUAUUACCAACAUUAUUCACUCUACUACUUGGUUGUUUGGCUAGUACAAGUUAUGAUAAAAGACAAGUUGCGGCUCGAACUUUAGGAGAUCUUGUUAGAAAAUUAGGCGAAAGAGUAUUGCCAGAAAUUAUACCAAUCUUAGAGAAAGGUUUACAAAGCGAUCAAGCUGAUCAACGUCAAGGUGUAUGUAUCGGAUUAUCAGAAAUUAUGGCAAGCACGAACAAAGAUAUGGUGUUAACCUUUGUGAUCAGUUUAGUUCCAACAGUGAGGAAAGCAUUAUGUGAUCCGUUACCAGAAGUUCGCCAAGCAGCAGCAAAAACAUUUGACGGUUUACAUUCAACUGUGGGAGUCAGAGCAUUGGACGAUAUAUUACCAGCAAUGUUAACGCAAUUAAAUUCCCCGGAUCAGGCAGAAGCAGAAAAUACUUUAGAUGGUCUACGUCAAGUAAUGGCAAUUAAAUCUAGAGUUGUUUUGCCAUACCUAGUGCCUCAGUUGACAACUCCACCGGUUAAUACAAAGGCGUUAUCAAUCUUGGCAAGUGUGGCUGGCGAAGCGUUAACGAGAUUCCUUCAUAAAAUCUUACCAGCCUUGUUGACUGCUUUGUCUAGUGCGCAAGGGACCCCAAAUGAAGUUCAAGAGUUAGAAUACUGUCAGGCAGUUAUUUUAUCUGUUACUGACGAAGUUGGCGUUAGAACAGUAAUGGAUCAGCUUAUGGAGGCUACGAGAGCAGAUGAUCCAUCCAAACGACGAAGUGCUGCAACUCUGCUUUGCGCUUUCUGUCGAGAUACACGCGCUGAUUAUAGUCAAUACGUUCCACAAUUGUUACGAGGACUCAUUCACUUGUUUACGGAUGAUGAUAAGGAUGUACUGCAGAUGAGUUGGGAAGCUCUUACAGCAGUUACUAAGACUUUAGCGUCCGAUCAACAAAUUGCACACGUUCAGGAUAUCAGGCAAGCUGUACGGUUUGCAGUAUCUGAUCUAAGAGGACAAGAAUUGUUACCUGGAUUCUGUUUACCGAAAGGAAUUACACCGAUUCUUCCAAUAUUCAGAGAGGCUAUAUUAAAUGGUCUACCAGAAGCAAAAGAACAAGCAGCCCAAGGCCUUGGAGAAGUUAUAAAAUUAACGAGCGCAACAGCAUUGCAACCAAGUGUAGUGCACAUCACUGGACCAUUAAUCCGAAUUCUUGGAGAUCGUUUCAAUUGGAGUGUGAAAGCAGCAGUAUUGGAAACGCUUGCGAUUUUACUUGGAAAGGUUGGAGUGAUGUUGAAACAGUUUCUACCACAGUUACAAACCACCUUUUUGAAAGCAUUAAAUGAUAGUAAUAGGCAAGUGAGAUUAAAGGCUGCUUACGCUUUAAGCAAUCUUAUUGUAAUUCAUACACGUGUUGAUCCCUUGUUUACUGAGCUUCAUACUGGCAUCAAAACUGGCGACGAUCCAGCUAUUAGAGAAACAAUGCUACAAGCUCUAAGGGGUGUCCUUACGCCUGCUGGCGACAAAAUGACAGAACCCAUGAAGAAACAAGUUUUUGCUACUUUAAGUAGUAUGCUUGGUCAUCCAGAAGAUGUUACAAGGAAUGCUGUUGCUGGUUGUUUUGGGGCACUUGUGAGGUGGCUUAGUCCAGAUCAACUUGCAAUUGCAUUUAACGAUCAUUUGUUAUGUAACGAUACCAGCGUUGAUUGGAUGCUCAGACAUGGUCGUUCAGCGGCGUUAUUUGUUGCAUUGAAAGAGUCCCCAACAACUAUAUACAAUGACAAAGAGAAAGACCGCGUCUGUACCGUAAUACUUUCGUAUUUAGCUGCAGAUCGAGUACAAAUAGUCAUGAAUGGUGUACGAGCUUGCGGUUAUUUGUUUCAAUAUCUCAUGAACGAAGCACGACCUAUACCUCAACAAAUAUUAUCUCCAUUUGUGCGGUCGAUGAACAAUAACAGUAACGACGUGAAGCAAUUAUUAGCCAGGGUCUGUAUUCAUUUGGCUCGCAAUAUACCACCUGAAAAGAUGUCACCAGAAUUACUUAAGUCACUUUUACCUAUGUUGGUGAAUGGAACAAAAGAGAAAAAUGGUUACGUGAAAGCCAAUAGCGAACUUGCUCUCAUAGCAGUACUUAGAUUGAGACAAGGUGAAGAAGAACAUCAGCGCUGUAUGGCAUUCUUGGAUGCGGGUGCAAGGGAGUCUUUGUCAGACGUAGUUAGCAAAGUAUUGCGCAAAGUUCUCUCCCAGCCCGAAGGCAAAAUAGAAGAACUGGACGAUACAUUACUCACGUGAGAGAUAUUGUACGUCCCGGGGCUCAUUACGUACUACAUCCAUUUUAAUAGACGUACUAUCAAUCAUUAUUCAAUCGAUUUUUAUAAAGAAACUUACUGUUCGUGUAUUAGCUGCAUUAUAAAAAAGUUAGAUCAUUCAACAUUGUAUCUCGAUAAUCAAUUAAACAAAGUAAAAUGUAACAAUCGCUCGAUGGCAUUCAAGUUACUUAAAUUAAGAUGUCCUAUUUACCGAGUGAUUCUAACGAACAUUGUAGAUACGUCUGUGCAAAAUGCUCUUCACGAUCGUCUGUUUUUUUACAUUUUAGUUAACAGUAUAUUAAGUUCGUCCAAAACACACGCAUUUAUAAAUAAUAAUACAGAGCGUAUGAAAUUGGGAUACCAGAACGAUGAAGAUAAUUUAACGAAUAAAUUCAAUUUCCAUCCUGUA